AUGUGGCUUUUUAUUAACUUCAAAUACUAUGUGAAGAAGAACAAAAUUACAACUCAGCAGUUGGAUAAGGCAAGUCCGGAACUGACAGAUGAUUUAAGCUGUGUGGAAUCAAAUCGACCAAAGACACCAUGGAGUGCAGCAUGGCGUGAUAAGAUUGAAGAAAAGAUUAAUGAUGGACCAAAUAAUACUCUGCCACCAAUUUGUACAAUUUAUCCAUUGAUGCAAAAAAUAGCAAUAACAUCAAUCAAAUCACAAAAUGAGCAAAAAAUUGUCAGCAAUCAUAUAAGAGAUUACACUACCAAAAUAAAUCGAAAAUCAAGUUUUUCUGCAGCUGAUGUGACCUCAUUAUCAAAUGAUGGAUUGCAAAGAUUUCAAAGACCUAGUUUACCAGACAUUCGUGACUCUUUACAAUUUCAAUCAUCUACUCCUGUUGAAGCCUGGCACAAUAUCAUUCAAUAUCAUACACAACAAAACAAGACUAGAGCAGACGAUAGACAAGCUAAAUUAGAUGAGGUUCAAUCCUGGCAUGGAAACUCAAAUUCUGGAUCACCUGAUGACACCAGUGCAGAUCCAUUACAACUAGAUGUAAAGAAAUUGGGAGUUGAGUCAGUCCAGAAGUCAAAUGAGUUAUUGAGACAACAUGACAAUAUGGCAAGUACAUGUGAUGAAAAUAUUAAUGAAAAAUAUAUUGGACAGUUGACAAGUUCUGAGAAAAAAGACACUACAGAGUCUCUGAAGACAAAAUCAGAUGAAAAUCAGCAAACGGUUAGAAGAUUAAACGUGAAAUCAGUGAGUUUGACAGAUAUUAAUGAUGUUCAAGAAAAUGGUGGUAGUAAAAAACUGGAAUCAGCUCAGAGUGACAUAAACUCAAUCCCACAUUUUACUCCCAAUAAUCGCUCUAAUAGUUUAGAUAAUACUCAAACCACUGAUCACUUCACUGAUAAAAUCAAGCAAAUUCAUCAUGAAAAGAAUAAAUUUAGGAAAAAGAGAAGAAAAGGUGAUGGGAUUUAUCCAGAGAAAGAGGGAAGAGAUUUAGAUAAUAAUUCAAUAGAUUUCCAUAUAUUAGAUUAUCAAACAAGUACAGCAUUAAGACCAAAAAUAAGCAAUGUUCCCUAUUUCCUGACUAAAAUCAAGAAGGCAUGGUUUAAGAAAUCAAUCACAUCUUCUGAUUAUGAAAUGAAUGAAUUCUAUACUGAUGAAUAUGAAGAAAAUGGUCAUUUGAUAAAUGUAUAUUUAGUUUUGAUUAUGAUUUAUCAGUUCCUCUCAUUACCCAAAUUUUGUCUUCAAUUUUAUCUGUCUUCGUGUUCUGAGUGUUCUACUGACUUUAUUGUUUUGUACUGUCUAAAUCUGAUAGAAAGACUUCCUCAAAUUUUAUCACCAAUUUUAAUUGUAUAUUUUCAUCCACCUUUUAAUGUAAUUAUGAUGUAUUUUUUGUCCUGGUUUAAGUGUCAAUGUAACAGAAAAUAA